UGAGUUAGUGGGCGGGGCUGGUAGGAUGCUAUAAAAGGCAGGCCCGCGCUUGGCUGCUUGCAUUUGCUGCGUGGUUCGUACAAGCGCUGUAGUGAUGGCUGGUCUGCCUGUGCGUGGUUUGUCGGGGCUGAUGGCGCGACCGCUGGGGGCGAAGGAGCCCGUGGACUUGGGCUCCUUCGCGGGGCGGGUGGUGCUGGUCUCCAACGUGGCCUCCCUCUGAGGCACCACCACCCGGGACUACACGCAGUUCUCGGAGCUCCAGCGGCGCUUCGGGCCCCGAGGGUUCGUCGUGCUCGCCUUCCCCUGCAACCAGUUUGGCCACCAGGAGAAUACCACCAAUGAGGAGAUCCUGAACUCACUGAAGUAUGUCCGCCCAGGCAAUGGGUAUGAGCCUAACUUCACUGUGUUUGAGAAGUGUGAGGUCAAUGGGGGAAAUGCUCACCCACUCUUCAAAUUCCUGAAAGAAGAAUUGCCAUACCCACAUGAUGACGCUGUGUCUCUGAUGACCCACCCGCAGAACAUCAUCUGGUCUCCUGUGUGCCGCAAUGACAUCGCAUGGAAUUUUGAAAAAUUCCUCAUUGGUCCGGAUGGGAAACCAUUCAAACGCUACAGCAGGCGCUUUGAAACCAUCAAAAUCCAGGAUGAUAUUGAAAAGCUGCUUCAACAAGUUCCUUAGAGCAAACCACAUUAUAUCUUGCUGAAAUUUCUUUCCACCUCUUUGCUUUCAGCUAGAAUUACCCUAGGGUUGAAUGUAUUAAUUCCCAUGUUACAGUACAUUAAUUGUAUGUCCCAUAUUAAACACAGCAAUCUCAUUGUGUGAAGGGAAAUUAUGUAUGUGAAUUACAACAGCAAAGCUUUUCUGAAAUUGAGCAGUUUGUUUUUAUGCUAUAAUGUGAAUUGUACCUUUAGCUAUUUCCUCUCACCUAUAAGGCAUAAGGUGACACUUAUGUUUUGUGGUUUCUAAAUGUGCUAUAAAGUUAAUAGGUACCCAUUACAGCAUAGUAUCUCUGCUAAGUCUAUCAAUCUUUUGUUCAUCCCUAGUCUGCAUACACAUUAAACAUUCCAGAUAUGCGUUUCAAAUAUUACAGUUUAGUAUCAACACAAUGUGCUGUAGCAUGUAUGGCUUAAAAUCAUACUUCGUGAAGCAGCAACACUCCUGAGUACCAGACUUUGUCCUUUUCUGCACUGCUUAUUUUUCUAUGACUUGUCAGCUGUUUUCUUGAUAUUAAUUUUCUAUUCUCUAUCAAAAUUUUGUUCAUGAUGGUGCUUUUUCUAAAGCCUUGAAAAGCACCUGAUCUUCUAAAAGUUUGUGUGAAGCUAUAGUAAAUUAAAUUGGGAAAACAGUUGAAUGCAGCAGUUUGUUAAAAUCAUUGUCAAACAAUAAAAUGCUUGAAAACCAUA